AGAGCUGAGAGUGAGAGGCACUGGGAAGGGAACACACACUUUUACUGACUCUUGAACACACACAAACACAAACACACACUCACAGAAACAAAAACAAUUGAUCUAUUGUACACACACACACACACACACACACACACACACACACACACACACACACACACACACACACACACACACACACACACACACACACACACACACACACACACACACAAAAACACAGUUGUCUCACAGACGCAUUUUGCUGGACCCUGGACUGACCUCUUACGGAUACAUCCCUCAGGACUCUGCUUCCCAUCAUGCACCAGCGGAGCCCCUCCGAGCUCCAGGGGGUCUCAACCCAGCAGGGGGUCUCCACCCAGCAGGGGGUCUCUACCCGAAGGACUACCCAGGACGGAGGCUCAUGGAGCUCCAAGCCGAGGAGGGGGUCUGGGUGCCGGUGUCUUUGCCCGCCGAGGACCGCUCCUCUCUGGGCUUGGCUCCUGCUCGGGGCCCUGGUGGUUCCUGGAGCCUGGAGCUUUCUGAACGAGGAGCAGGAGGAGCUGCUGGUGGAGCUUCACAACCACUACAGGGGACAGGUCUCUCCCAGUGCCUCCGCCAUGAUGCCUCUGAAAUGGGACGCGAACCUGAAGGUGAUCGCGGAGGGUUACGCUGCUAAAUGCAUCUGGAACCACAACCCAGACCUGGAGGACACCGGAGAAAAUCUGUUCGCCGGCACCGGGGCGCUGGACCUCCGAGAAGCUCUGGAGAAAUGGUUUCUGGAAUAUCUGGAGUAUGACUUCCAAAACAACAGCUGUACUGAAGACAAGCUGUGUGGACACUACACACAGAUGGUCUGGGCAGACACACACAGGGUCGGCUGUGCUUUCCACUUCUGUAACAACAUGGAGGGUCUGAACUGGGAGAGAGCCUCAUUCCUCGUCUGCAACUACUACCCACCAGGGAACUAUGAGGACGAAAGGCCGUAUGUUGAGGGUGAAUGGUGCUCCAGCUGUCCUGGAAACUUCCAGAAAUGUGAAAACAACCUCUGUGUUGCUGACACCGACGAAGAAGAGGAUGGGGAUGAUGAUGACGAUGAAGGGGGGACAGUUUUUCCUCCCGAGGCUACAUCUGAACCCUUCCUCCAGCCUGAAGACGGGGACGAGGGGGACGUGGCUCCUGCUACUCUAGCAACACCCUAUGACCACCCUGGAGAUGAGGAAGACGAGGAAGAGGAGGAGGAUGCUGCUUCUCCGGCAACAGCUGCCCCUUAUGAGCAGCCUGACACCACCACCAGUACUCCCAGUAUUACCACUACUUCUUAUUGGGACUCUGAGGACAACCCACCAAAUACCCCUGCCCCGGGCACAACCCCUGCAGAAACCCCCUCAACAACACCAGAAGACGAGGAGAUUGAAGAACACAUGGAGGAAGAGGAAAUGGGAAAAAGGGAGGAAAAAGCGGAGAGGGACGUAACGCAAGAAAGUUACAAAAAGAGGAAAGAUUUGAUUUCUGGUUCUGAUUCACUGUCCUCACCUCCACUCCUGUUAGCAUUUCUGAUUGGGAUCCUGACUCUGAAGCUGUGAGGAGGAGGAGGAGGAGGAGGAGGAGGAGGAGGAGGAGGAGGAGGAGGAUACAUCACCUCCCCAUGCCUGUGUUGACUGCACAUUACCUUGUUAACCCGCCCUGUGGUAACAAACACUUUCCCACCCCUCCCCCCCAGCUGAGUAAUAUGGGUUGAUUAAUAACAGCUGCCACAAAACCUGCAGGUAGUCUGACCUGAGAUCUGGGUCGAAUAACGAGAGCAUAACCUGCUUCAACCUGCUUGGAAAAGAAAACAUAUUAAAUACAAAUGAGUGAGAAUAACUAAAUAUGGUGUGAUCAUUUAGAGGAAACUUUAUUUUAGUUUGGAGGUUUUUUUUAGACUGUAUGAAAGAAAAACGGAGGUUUGUGAUUAAUGUUUAUCUUCUCCUAUCUCACGAAAUACUUCUGUUUUGACAGUGGGUCAGUAUACACUCAUUUUACGCGUAGUGAUUUAAAAAAAAUAAACUUCCAACAUAGUUUCAAGUCAUUUUUAGGAUUAUAUACACCACAGUUCUACUUUGAGGUUACAAUAAGUAUUAAUAGAAUCUGAGAUUUAGGCCAUAAAUCUGAGAAUGAAGUCAGAAUUCCAAGUUUUAAGUCAGAGUUUAAACAGAAAGUCAGAAUUUUGACAAAAAAGUCAGAAUUCAGGAAAAAAGUCAACAUUAAAGUUUUUUCUGAAAAUCCCCCCAAAAAGUCUGAAUUUCGAAACACAAGUCAUACUAAAAAUAAAAAUAGAAUUCUGAGAAAAAAGUCAAAAUUUUAAAACAAAAGUCAGAAUUCUGGAAAAAUGUGAUUUCCCCAAGAUUGAAGUCAGAAUUCGCUUUUGGUCAUAACUCAGGAAAAUGUACAUGUGGCCAUAAGCCUGCAUUAGUAGACUUGAUGCAGAGUCCUGCAAUGAGGCUAUCUGUUGCCAUUCGUUUCCAGUGUUUAUGCUAAGCUAGGCUCAUCAUAUCCCACAACCUAAAUUAGGUCAGUCACCACGGAAUAGAUUUUCUCAUUUACUACAAAUUGGUACUUUUCAAUUGACGGUCUGAAAACCAUCAUUGCUCAUCGUGAAGUGUUUGGUUGCACAAAAUAACGACUAAACACUCAAACGGUCUGAUGCUGCACAAAGCUUUUCAACCACAUAUAUACAGAGCUGUAGAGUCUCUGUAAUAAAAAACAAAAGAGGGUUUAAGUGCUCUUAAGAGAGGUCACUCAGUGAAUAGAAGUAGACCCUCAGAUCUCCUCCUCAUGUUUGAAUACACAGCAUCAUCUCAUGUGGAAAAACCACUGUAAAAAUAAAGUUAAAGCAAUAUUCUGUAAAUGUGUUUAGGGUUUAGUGAAUGCAGGAGAAAUGACGGUUGUGUUUUCACUUUGACGACCCUGCUUCUUCUUCUUCUCUUUACAGUACAUGUAUCUACUGUGCAUCAUUUACUGGAAACUACAACUGGACAGAGUCAUUUAAUAUUUUACAUCUCUGUUACACUGUCUUUCAAACAGGAAGUUACCAUAACUAUCUUUAAUCAUGUUAGUAAGAAAUGCUGUAAAUGUCUGUAUAUAGGAUUAAUAAAGAAUUACACCUUA